AUGUCGCGGUGUUUCAGCUACACCGCCGCCCGGGACCGGUGGUACCGCCUCUCUUUCUCCUCCGCGGGGCUCCGGUGCGCCACCGUUGAUAUCCAUGGCGCAACCACCGUCCAGUGCUGGGUCCCCCGCUUCUCAGACCCAUGGAAGCCCUCUGUCAUUCUUAUCCAUGGAUUCGGUGCCAACGCCACUUGGCAGUGGGAUCCCCUCCUCCGUCCUCUCAUCUCCAGCUUCAAUGUUUACGUCCCUGACCUCCUUUUCUUCGGUGGAUCGUUCACGACCCGACCGGAGAGGACCGAAUCGUUCCAGGCGGACUGCGUCGUUGCGGCGAUGGACGCGCUCGGUGUACGGAGGGCGAGCCUGGUCGGGAUCAGCUACGGUGGCUUCGUGGGGUACCGGAUGGCGGCGGCGUAUCCGGAUCGCGUGGAGCGGGUGGUGCUGUGCUGCGCAGGGGUUAGCCUGGAGGAGAGGGACCUCCGGACGGGUUUGUUCGUUGUAGACGACGUGCGUGAUGCGGCGGCGAUCCUGAUACCCCAGACGCCGGUGAAUCUCCGAAAGCUCUUGGCCCUCUCGUUUGCCCGCCCGCCGAGGAGAGUACCCUCCUGCUUCCUCUCAGAUUUCAUCCAAGUGAGUAAAACGAUUUCCGGGAGCGCAUCCCUCCUCCCUUUCGCCUGGCUUGAUUCUGGACGUUUUACGGAGAAGUUCCCAGAAAAUCUCUUCUGUGUUAAUCAUCUACUUGUGAGAUCUUGUGGAAUCAUUUUGCAGCGAUUCUAGCCUGAGGUGAAAUAUAUUUCUACCAACUCGAGUUGGAGAAUUUAAAAAACUGAUUCUUUGCUUCCUCAACAAUGGGCAUCCCAGAUCUGACCAUGUCACCAGGUCCAAUCCACUUAUUUUUAAAUGGAGAUUGGAAUAUCCUCUAACUGGAUGAACUUGUUUAAGCUCUACCUAUUUUUCCUUCCAAAAUGUCUUCUUACUGUUGAAUUCUGAACGUGGAGCUUCCGGCUCAAGUCACGAUUAUCCACAGCCUUCGAAGCAGGAAGUUGCAGCCUCAUUGUAUUCACCCACACUAGGCUUUUUAUUAGAAAUAAAAUACAGAUUUGAAUUGUGAAUGGUUAUUUUUCCUUUCAAGCAAAUAGUGUAUAUUUUUUGUUAUAUGUUAAAAUAUAUCACAGAAAUGAGUAUUACGAAAGCUUCCACCCAUAAAUUCCUUCAUACCUUUCAAAAUUUAUCUUCUUUAUCAACAGGUUAUGUGCAUGGACUAUGUUGAAGAGAAGACAGAGUUGCUCCUAUCCGCCAUCAAUGACCGGAAGCUUUCUGACCUCCCGAAAAUUUCACAGGUGAGUCUUGAUUCUCCUUCAUACCAUCUUUAUCCUUGGCUGCCUGCUUCAAUAAAUCAUUCCUUCUAGUUUUUUUUUUGUUUUCAUGCUUUGUCAACGAAUUUCGCCUCUUAUACUCUAAAUGCGAGCAUAUUUCUAUCUCCAUGUCCAUCAAAGUUUGGAUAAAUGUAAGUCUCUAUUUUCAUCCAAGGCCAUUGCAUUUUUUAUUGUGUGGAGUCAAUAGUAGUGUUUUCUAAAUUUGUGCUUCUGACCCCCACGUCCAUCAAGGAUGCAUGAAUUUGAGUCUAUCUUUUCAUUCAAGGUCAAAAAUAAAGGUGGCACCAGCAGCAGCAGCAGCAGCAACGAAAGUUCCCUGAAUUUCCGUUUCGUAUGCUUUGGGCAUUCAAUAUUAUUUUCUAAAUUUUAUGCUUCUUGGCACAGCCGACCUUGAUAUUAUGGGGGGAGCAAGACCAGAUAUUUCCAUUGGAGCUGGGCCACCGACUGUGCAGGUCUGUUGGAAUUUUGCCACUAGAAUCCGUUUUCUCGACUAUAAUCUAUCUGAUUUAAUUCUAGAAACUUUUUAGGCAUCUGGAGGGAAACUCUAGGUUGGUAGUAAUCAAGAAGGCUGGGCACGCCGUCAAUAUUGAGAAGCCGAAGGAGUUCUGCAAGCAUUUGAAGUCCUUUCUGAUUGAUUCCCACCACAAUUUCCAAAUGACCAACAACAGGAUUGAAUGA